AUGGUACUGUAUAACCCAAACGUGUUGUUUGCUUGCAUAGAUGUUGAUGCUGCGCCGAUUAUUGAAGUGAGUGGACGAACGAAGACAACUGGUUGUUGGGGUAGGGGCGAAAUGAAAACCGUUUACGUGGUGUUGUGCGUCGCCUGGUGCACGUGGACAGGUAUUGCGAAAGAUACAAAUUCUGAUAUCGAAUUUUCCGACCCCGGCACAAGCAAUUCGGAGACAUCUGACGUCGAACACCUUCGCGGCAUUAAUGACGCCACUGCUUCCGUCGGCAGUUUGUUCCGAUUAGAAAUUCCGAACGAUGCCUUUUUUGGGCCCCAAAGGAAAUACACCGCGGGUGGUAAAAACGGAGGAGCGUUGCCCUUGUGGUUGUCUUUCGAUGAAGAGAACGGAGUUUUUGAAGGAGUUCCGCUGGAUGUCGACAUCGGGCACUACUUGAUCCGCGUGCAUGCUCUUCCGCUGCGUCCCGGACGUGGGGCCCACGACGACUUCUCGAUCGAAGUGGUUCCUCGCUUGUAUCGCGCGGAAGACCUGGCGAAACACGCCGCUGACGAAGCUUGUCCGCCAAAGUCUGACCUGACACUGGCCACCAUCAUACUCGAUCGUGACCCGGUGAGAACGGACGGCAUCACGCGAGUGUCCAUCAUUCGAAAUUUCGCCGGCUUCUUCUCCCUGGAGACGGAGAAAGUGGACCUUAUGUACUUGCGCGAAAAUGAACGAGAUCUUCAAGAGUCGGGGAAUGUGAUUCGCGGUGGGCCCGGCAAUGUGCGCGGACGAGCGUCCAAGUGGUCCUUUGUGCUGCAGUGGCUCGUGGGUUGCAAUGGCGACAUCUGGAAGUCUUCGGAAACUGUGCUGGACGACAUUGCCAAGUACGCGAAGGAAGGCAUGCUUGCCACCAUCUUAAUGAACACAGGGAUCCGGGGUUGGCACGUGUCCGUCUUUGACCCCAGUUUCCGGUCGAGACGCCAGGUUGGUUCCGGACAAGACCCCGACGCCGAAGACGGAGACCAGGACGUAUUCGAGCCGCCGUCUGUGGCAGAGAACGAGAUCCCGGAUGAGGACCUCGGACGUCCGAAUUCCAUUGUUGCUCCGAGUCCUGUCUUCGACCUCACACCGUCGUCAACGUUUGAUUUUAACAACUGGGAUGAGCUUGUGCUGUCGACUACUUCGUUGAUCACACCGAUCCUGCGAUCUUAUAUUCCUCUCUCGACCCCUGUGCAAGUGCCCGUGAAGCCAACUUUGAUCGUGGACAUGACGGACUUCGAUUAUUUCCCGGAAGUGAUGACUGCUGUGCUUUCGACGGCCGCUUCGCCAGAAAACUCUCCGAUAAUCGAAGAGCCAUUGAAAUCGUCCGAUUUGGGAGACCUUUCCUCGUCGAUCAAUACGAAUCCGGUCGAGUUCUCGACACUCGUGGGGGAUAUCGAACCCACUGUGUCUGUCGUGAUGGAAUCGUCGACAAUCAUUCCGACUGUCAGCAUCGACGAUAAUCUCGUUGGGACGAAGAAGAACCGACAGCCUGCGCUGAAUAAGCGUUUGGCCAAGCAAGCCGUAAUUGCUGGUACCGUCAUCAAGAUUCAGAUACCGGAUGACACCUUUGAAGACUUCGAGCAAGGCAACACGAGGAGUUUGCACUUGCUGCUGAAAAUGGAUAACGGGACAGCAUUGGGUCCGGAGUCGUGGAUUCAGUUGGAUCCGAAAGAGCAGAUCAUCUAUGGAAUACCUGCGGAAAAGGACAUCGGGCGAUGGCGGUUCGAGCUGGAAGCCAUGGACAAGGACGGGGACGUUAUUAGUGAUAUGAUAGAGAUCAUCGUGAGACAGGACCCGAAGACUCGGGUUGUCAACCAUGAAUUCUCUGUUGAGCUCAAGCUUCGGAAAAAGUACGCGGUGCAUUACGAGAACGACGUGGAUUGGAAACGCGACAUUGUUCAGAAACUCAGCGAUAUCCUGGGGGACGAGGAUAUGAAAAAUUUCGCGGGCCUGAACGUGGUUGUUGACGAUGGAGCCCCGACAGACGGGAUCACGUUGACGUGGUGGAAUAAUUCCCUGCCAACUCACACGUGUCCCGAGGAAGAGCUGAAGAAGCUUCUGAAAGAGUUGACGACGAGCAAAGACGGAAGUCUUCUGAGGUCGGCGACGGACGCCCUGCUGCCCGAGUUUGACGGGAAACGGGCGUGGAUUGACUUCAAAGGAUCGUGUCGUGCCAGUAGUCCGCCAGUGGAAGCGCCGACCACGAAGCCGCCGUCGCCUGAGCGGAAGAACAACAAGCCGGUCAUCGUUAAUCCCAUUGAUCAAAUCGUUGCCCAAUUUGGAAAGUUGCUGCGUUACACUGUUCCAGAGAAAACGUUCUAUGAUGAGGAAGACGGUGGAACGAGGAAGCUAAAGUUGGAGUUGAAGAACUCUCAUGAUUUUGGUCCAAUUCCUGUGGAAAACUGGCUUCAGUUCGACUCGAAUAACCAGGAGUUUUACGGUCUUCCGAUGGAGUCGGAUCAGAGGCGUCAGGAAUACACCCUGAAAUGCACGGAUUCCCAGGGCGGAUUCGUCAAUGACGUCGUGGAAGUGGUGGUCCACUCGAGACCGUAUGAGCGGGUGAAUGUGGAAUUUAGCGUGACGAUCGACGCCAGGUUCGAGGAGUUCAGCGUGGACACGGUGGCCAAGACGAUUUUGGUGCGGAAGAUUGCGGAGUUGUUUGGGGACUCGGACACAAAGCACAUCAGUGUCAAGUCGAUCGACGCGGGCUCUGUCAUCGUCACGUGGUACAACAGUUCUCUGCCUUACGACCCGUGUCCGCAUACCGAAAUUGCGACGCUGCAGAAAGUGAUGCUGCACGCUGUCAAUGGGUCCGUGACGCGACGGCUCGUGGAGACGUUCCUGCCGCAGUUCCACGUGACGGAUGCCAAGCUGACGCCGACGCGGAACUGUCUCGGGGAGCAGACGCCGAUAGCACAGCCGCCGCCGCAGGAGACGAUCCCCGAACUGGAGCCCGACGCCGAGGCCGCAGACUACCUCGUCACCUACAUUGUGCCGGCGGGGAUCCUGGCUGCCAUGAUCCUGGUGGCACUCAUCAUAUUUUGUAUUCUGUACCAGAGGCGACGAAAGGGCACAAUGGAGAUCAACAAGGCCAUGACGAACAAAGGCAUUCCUGUUAUAUUCCAAGAAGAGAUGGAUGACGGGAAGCGUGAUACUGGGAAACAUCCGAUUAUCUUGGGCCGAGAAGACGAGGAAGGCACUGAUCCGAAGCGUACUUUGCCGCCGCCUAGGUAUGGGGCGUCGCCGUCGCACAUGAUGGAUCCGUCGGAGAUCACUCCGUUGAGGGAUGACGUGGAUCACCACCAACAUCAGCCCGACUACUUUCCCUACCGUGGCGGCGGCGGCGGUGGCGGAGGUGGUGGUGCGCAUCGGCCUUUGAUGGACGCACAGGAGAUGGAUGAUCUGACGGGCUCGCCGCCAUACCAGCCACCGCCGCCGUUUCCGAUGGACGUGUCCCGACACGGACGCGUGCCGCACAUGGGUGGUGGUGGGGCGCGAUUCCAUAGCGCCAGACCGAACCCGCCGCCAAGCUAUUCAAUGCCGCCGCCGUAUGUGCCACCCUAAGAGUAACGAAAGAGCAAAGGUCGGUGUCGCCCGAGGCUCCUGCUGUACCCCUCUUGUCUUUCCUGCUCGUUCCUUUUCCUUUCGUUACCUUGCCUUUCCUUUUCCACGAGGAGACGAGUGGGAUUCUCUAGGAAGGGAAGAACUUUGGUUCACAGGCACGAUUAUGUCCCACAGAAAGAAGCGUGACGUGGAAAAGAACUUUGUUGGUUUCCGCUCGACUUGUCGGGCUGGAAAUUUUGAGGAAUUUUAGUAUUGUUUUUGUCGCUAUUGUGAUUGCAAUGCAUUAGUUGUGGAAUUGGCUGUAAAUCGAAUGACGAAUCCAUUCAUGUCUUCAGGCGGGUGAUGUUCAUCAUCAUGUUUUAGUAGACCCGAUCAUUUUGUAUUUUCUUUCUUUCUUUGGGACAUGAUCGGAGUUGGAGCAGACGUAACGAAGUCAUUGUUACUUCUCCUUCUGAUUCUCAAUUAAUUCCUUUCGUGCCAUGCAAGUUCCUUCAGGAAAAAAAGACGCACUUCUCUGACGAUAUUUUCAAACUAUUGCGCCUUUUGAGGGACAAGGGUUGCAUCUCGUAGGUCCUGUCAAUGCUGUCGUUCCUUCCCUUCGUGGCGGGAUUUUGUUUUCUUCUUCUCCUGCGUCACGAUCGGAAUCCAAGAGUCAUCUUACGCCCAACUAUUAUGCGGUUGCAACGUUGAAAGUUUCGGGGGUAAUGCGCUUUACUUGUUUUUUUUUUUUUUUUUCUUUAGGCAGGAGACUUAUCUCAAGCUUUUUUGGGUGGUAGCUAAACUCUUGUGGCGUCCGUGUCGCUUAUUAACAGAAGCUUAUUGAGUUUGUGUUCCAUUUUAUUUGCCGAAUGCUGCUUUUUUGACGGAAUGAUUGCGAGGAGGAGUUGAGCACAUUGAAUGCGCGCAAAGCAAUUUUAUGUAACCCAUUAUAUUUAUUAAUUUUUUGCUACUAGGUUUCUCGAAACCCUCAUCUAUUUGUGAGCAAUGGCGGCCGACUUGCUGCGUAUUUUUUAGUUUUUCUCCUCCUUGAAAGAGACAUUGCAUUCGAAAACCAUUGUUGAUUUAUUUACUCGUUGAUCAUUUGUUGACUCCCAUCACUGCCGAGGUUAAUGGUUUUGUUUUAUCGAGAGUCGCCGGAGAGGAAAAGGAAGUCUGUGUUGUCCAAAGUAAUCUCCUGCAGAAUUGAAUCGGUGUCGUCUAAUGAAAGUUCGGCGCCGAGGGAAUUUGAUCUUGUGCUUUCCAUCCGCGUGGAAAAGUAGAAAGAAAGGAAAGAGGGAAAGACUUGUUUUGAAUGCAUGUGUGUGUCGGAUGAUGGCAGUGUGAGAGGCGAUUUCUUCGGGUCGAGUCGAGUCGACACAGUUACAUAUCUGAGGUCCGACAUUGUGCCAAAGCGAGCGACGUUGUUCGGAUCUGGAAGCUAGUGCGUGCGUGCGUGCUCUUAUUUUUGAUUCUAGAAAUUGACGGGCUUUUUUUUGUUUUGUCUCUGGCCGCUCACAUUGGUUUUCCGCGCGUCGAAUCAUCUUACUCAGGUUCUGCAUUAGCGUGAUAGAAGCGAAAAAAGGCGGAAGGAAGGGUGGGCGGGCGGUUGUUUUCAAUUACCCAAGUGUCCGUAUCCCCUUUCGGUUUCAUCUUAUCGGCGGGGCAAAUGAUUAAUGUAUUCAACAGCAACAUCAGCAGCAGCCGGUGCAUCGUUUAAAGAAAAAGACAGAGUCGUCGAAUUUUUGGGAGCGGAUUAUCGAGUCAUUCCUGGGGAAUCUUUCAGCGAGUUUAGCACCACCUUUUUUUUGUUUCUUGUCAACUGGACCAAAAAAGAGAAGGAAGAGGGGGAAAAAAAAUGCCCGACUGGAAAAAUUUAGCCGCAUGUUUCAGAAAACAGCUAGAAGUUUAGACGGUGGGGCCACAGGCCCGUCUCACCUAAUUUGAUUGGUGUGCGCAUGAAGAGAGAGGUGACGCGAGGAACAAAGAAAGACUUGGGCGUUUAUAUUUUCGUCGGGGAAGAUGAGAGAUAAUCGCUGUGAGUACUGCUGCGGAUGACUGGGACUCGUAAGUAUUUCUUUCUUUUUUUUUUCCUCUUGAUGAUCUUCCCUUUUCUCGCCGCAGCUUCCUCGUGUAAUGCGUGAAGCGGGAAUUGCAGUUAGGUAAUAUGUAGUGUGUGACGUGUAGACGCUGAAAAUUUGGCCUGUACAUUCAUCGAAAUUUCGACAGAUUACGGAAAUUGUGUUGGAUGUCGAGUGAAAUCGGCGGCUAUUUAUUUAUUUUUUUUCGAUCUUCCAGGAUCGCGUUUGUCGAUUUGACUACGGUUUCCGUGUUCAGUGGCAUUAGUUUUAAUUGUUGCCAGAGUAUUACAUCGAAUUUCGUCUCGAAAAAGAAUUUUUCUCCCGUCUGGAGAAUCCUGUCUGCUUUUGUUUUUCUUUUUGCUGCUUCUGUGUUGUUUCGAGCAACGUAAUUAUCGCCAGAUCCCGGAUUUGGUGGGAAGCUAAUAUGAAAAGGUUACGAACGUUUAAA